AAAAUAGUAUGAUGAUGUUAAUCAUUCUCGUGUUAUACUUUUCAUUGAUCGUCCGCAUGCGCUAAUGUAAACUUUUUUGGUGGAAUGAUACAAAUGUCAUUUGGUUCAGUUUUAUCGAAAAAAAAUCAUUAAAUCAAAAGUUUACACAGUAAAUUGUUAUUUAACUUGUUGUUACCCUUGUUAACAGUAUUUUGUUACGCUUUUAAAAGUAUAUUACCAUCAUCAUUAUUAUUUGCGUUAUAACGUUCACAAUUCAAUUAAUUAAUACAAAAUGUUUUAAAUAUUAAAAUAUACUGUUAUACCAUAUUAUAUACGAACGGCAAAACUCGUCAAUUACAAUAUUAUUAAAAAGUAUUAGAAGUAUACGAAGAAUAUUCAACAAUAAGCAUGGAGUAUUUGUUACCGAGCCACUGUACAUCAAAAGCGCGACUCGAUGGAAAAACUGUUAUUGUAACGGGAUGUAACACAGGAAUCGGAAAAGAAACGGCAGCGGAAUUCUACAAAAGAGGUGCUCGGGUGAUAAUGGCGUGUAGAAGUGCGUCUAAGACACAAGAUGCAAUAGACAGUAUCAAAAAUCAGACUGAAGGAGAUAAAAACGUCGGGGAGUUGGUUUUCAAAUAUUUGGAAUUGUCGUUUUUGGCAUCUGUAAGGAAAUGUGCCAAAGAGAUAUUGCGUACCGAGAAAAAUAUUGAUAUUCUAGUAAAUAAUGCUGGUAUAAUGAUGUGCCCGAAAACUUUGUCAGAGAAUGGAAUUGAACUUCAAUUGGCAACUAAUCAUUUGGGUCAUUUUCUGUUUACGCUUUUGUUACUGCCCAGAAUACUGAAGUCCGCUCCGGCUAGGAUAAUCAAUGUAACUUCAUCGGCUUACAAAUGGGGCGAUCAAAAGAUGCAUUUCGAUGACAUAAAUUUGGAUAAGAACUACACACCCAGUGGUGCCUAUGGACGCUCCAAGUUGGCCAAUAUUUUGUUUACCGCAGAACUGGCCAAACGUUUAAAUGGUACUGGUGUGACUGUGUACGCGGUCAACCCAGGCGUAGUCAACACCGAACUUAGCCGGUUUGUCGAUCAGACUGUAUUCCCUGGCGCUUCGUGGUUUUACAACAGUUUCACCAAGUACGCUGUAAAGACACCCCAACAAGGCGCUCAGACCACGCUACACUGUGCUUUGGACGAGAAAUGUGCUAACGAAAGUGGUUUAUGUUACAGUGAUUGUAAGGUAUUUGAACCGGAAGCCGUGGCCAAAGACGAAAAGGUCAGUGCAGAAUUGUGGGAUACUAGCUGCGUAUUAGUUAAUUUAGAACCUUCGGUAGAUCCUUUCCAACCAGAAAAAGAUGACGUAUCGAUUUAAAAGUGUUUUGAUCAUCGUGGUAUGUUUUCUACAACAAUGUUAUAUUCGAACAUCGAGUUAUUUUUAAGGUUUUAUUUUUCUUAAGUAUAUAUAUUUAUACAAUUUAUAUAUAAUAGUCAUGAACUUAUUUUAUCUUAUAAUAAAUUAUAAUUAAUGAUACGUGUAAUUAUUUCA